GGCGCCUGUCGCUGCUGUCGCUGCUGCGGCCACCGCGGCCGAGGGACCCGAGCCCUGACAAAGAGGCGCCCGGGAGGAGGGGGCAGGACCGGAGGAGCCUUCGGGGGUGCGCCUCGGUCGAGGUUGGGGCUUUAGCCAUAAUAAAUGAUAGAGGAUACGAUGACUUUGCUGUCUCUGCUGGGUCGCAUCAUGCGUUACUUUUUGCUGAGACCGGAGACCCUCUUCCUGCUCUGCAUCAGCCUGGCCCUGUGGAGUUACUUCUUCCACACGGACGAGGUGAAGACCAUCGUCAAGUCCAGCCGGGACGCCGUGAAGAUGGUGAAGGGCAAGGUGGCCGAGAUCAUGCAGAAUGACCGGCUCGGGGGGCUAGACGUGCUCGAGGCCGAGUUCUCCAAGACGUGGGAAUUCAAGAGCCACAACGUGGCGGUCUACUCCAUCCAGGGCCGGAGGGACCACAUGGAGGAUCGCUUCGAGGUUCUGACCGACCUGGUCAACAAGACCCACCCGUCCAUCUUCGGCAUCUUCGACGGGCACGGCGGCGAGUCAGCUGCUGAAUAUGUGAAAUCCCGCCUGCCUGAGGUCCUGAAACAGCAUCUCCAGGACUAUGAAAAGGACAAAGAGAACAGCGUGCUGUCCUACCAGGCCAUCCUGGAGCAGCAGAUUCUGUCCAUCGACCGAGAGAUGCUGGAAAAACUGACUGUCUCCUACGAUGAAGCAGGUACAACGUGUUUGAUUGCGCUCUUGUCAGACAAAGACCUUACUGUGGCCAAUGUUGGCGACUCCAGGGGGGUCCUUUGUGACAAAGAUGGGAAUGCCAUCCCCCUGUCUCAUGAUCACAAGCCGUACCAACUGAAGGAAAGGAAGAGGAUUAAAAGAGCUGGUGGCUUCAUCAGCUUCAAUGGCUCCUGGAGGGUCCAGGGCAUCCUGGCUAUGUCUCGAUCCCUGGGUGAUUACCCGCUGAAAAACCUGAAUGUUGUCAUCCCGGACCCAGACAUCCUGACAUUUGACCUGGACAAGCUGCAGCCCGAGUUCAUGAUCUUGGCGUCGGACGGCCUGUGGGAUGCCUUCAGCAACGAGGAAGCAGUGCGAUUCAUCAAGGAGCGCUUGGACGAGCCCCACUUUGGGGCAAAGAGCAUCGUAUUGCAGUCCUUUUACCGAGGCUGCCCCGACAACAUCACCGUCAUGGUGGUGAAGUUCAGAAACAGCAGCAAAACGGAGGACCAGUGAACUCAUGCCCUGCGGGUCUGCACCCCUCUGGACUGAAGGACUUUCAAUAAAUUGCUUUACUUUGAUGUGGUAGAAAAGUAGCAAAAACUCCUUAAAAUUGUGCCCAGAAUACCAAGGACAGCCCCUUCCCCGACGGUCCUCAAUCUGUAUCCAGCACUGUAAGGAUGGAGGGGCCGGCCAACAGGACCCAGGAGGCUGGACCGACAGCUCCUCACAUCUUCCUUCGCACCUUCCUUCACCAGGUUUCUAAUAUAUAUCUAUAUAGGCAUCUACGUAUAUCUGUGAAGAUGUGUAGCAUAUACAGGCAUAUGCUGCCCGUUUUCAAUUUGAAGGUUUACUUUUAAUCCCCUUUAAAAUUUCUUCAGGUUUCAGACUCCUUAAGCUUGCUUUGGAGCAGUUAGCUUGGGCAGGUAGAAAAACCCACCUCGCCAAACACUCUGGCGGGGAACCGAUUUGGCUGAAAGAUACGGUUGUCUUGGGAAAGCCCUCCACCCUCCAACCUCCAGGGCUGUUCUGUUCCCUGGCAGCCGAGAGAGUGAUUUUAAGUAAUGUUAGGAUCAGCUGCCUUUUUUGGUUUUGUUUUCUGGGGACUUUGGGGGAAGAAGGAAGAAACCUCUGUGGGGGUGGGAUGGGGAAGGUCACAGAGUCCACUGGCAGCCUCUGACUCAGCCACGCCCCUUAAUUGACGUCUUCCACUAAACCCUGCCCGUCAUGUGACUGCCUCCAUGCCUUUGUCUAAAUCUAGCCAGGCUUCCUAGCUCCAGCCUGUCUUUACUGUCAGCAACUGAAAACCGCCCAGCUGCCCCUGCACCAGCCACGUUGAUGUGUUGACUUAGCUUGCCCAGAAGCCAAGGCCAUUGUCAUCAGACGCCCCGGACCGCCCUCAUCUCGUGUUCUCAUGGAAGUUCACUCUCCAGUCGGAGAAGAAUGAGCGAGGCCUCUGCAGAAGCCCUGUGUUUGUGCUAGACCUGAGAUAAAAGAGGCCUUGGUUGGCAAGGUCCCCAGCUCCAAGUUAGUUCCUGCUCCUCUUAAGAGACAGUUUUUUGUUUUUUUUAGUCUCAGUGACUUUAGAGGAUUGAUAAGAAAUGUUGAUCGGGUCAUCCUGGGCUAAUGUUUCUGAUACCGGAGUAGGUCCCAGCCACCUUGGCCCAGAGCGAAUUGUACCCAAGCCAAACUCUUUCAUUUUGGUUGAGAGCGAAGGCCCCUUUGCCGCUCCUCCUCUGCCCUCAGGGUCAUGCAGAAGAUGUGGCCGCUGGCUGGGCUUGGGUCACUGUGGUCACUCCCCCCUGCAGUGGCCUGGACAUCGCUUUGCAUUCCACCAAAGCUGACACGUCCCCAAGCCGGCUGUGGGUGUAGCUCGGGUCGCAGACCGAGGCAUCGGGUAGUGUGGCUUCGGCAGGUCCCUUUCACAUGACUGAGCAGAGACAGAGAGCCGGGCGAGUGUGGAGUCAUGUUCACCAAGGUCCAAGGUAUCAGGUCUCAGCAGGGGGUGUUUGAGGGGCAUCAGUGGCCAGGUUGCCUUGGUUCGCCAGGCAUUUUGAUCAGCUGGCGGAGUGUCGGGUGGCAACUUUCCUCUCUUGCCCAGAGCUCUUUGUGUCGGGUACCCAAGAGCUUUGUUCUUUGGAGAGGGCUCACCCUUCUUCCUGUUCCUCAGUGUCUCUUGGUGCUCAUAUCAUUCCCCUGAGUUUCCAUGACAAUAAUUCUGCACGGCUACCCCAAGAGAAAUGGGGAAGCUGGCGAUGAAUGAUAGCCUCACAAGGUGGAAUGAAGUCCUAAAGAGGCAAAUUUAGGCAUGGUUAGAGGGGAAACCCUUCCUCACAGUGAGAACUAUCCAUAAGUGGAAUGGGGUGGCUGGGGGUCACAGUCUCAGAGGCACUCAGAUUUAGAAAUCUAGCCUUCUUCUUAUACAGACAAGGAAACUGAGGCUAAGUAGUUUGCCCACCGAGACACAAGUAGUUGGUGUCAGGGGCAGAUUUGAACUUUGGGGCGUUGUCUCCAAAUCCAGCAGGUUCCCCAUUUCUGGAGCUCUUCUAGACAACACACUAUCAAAGAUGUUAGAAGAGAGAGCCCUUAGCAUGGAGUGAAGUCUGAGCUGGAUGUUGGAAGGAAAAGAAAGAUUCGGACAGGCAGAGAUGAGGGAGAGUGGGAGGCUCUUACAGAUGUCUUAUGCGUCUCCUGGCUCCUUGCUGCUCCCCCAGAAAUGUAACAUGAAUCCAAGAGCCCCCCUCCCUGUGCUCCCCGGGGUGUGGCUGCUGGGGAGAGGGGUGCGGGAAUCAGGUCCGUGGGCUCCCAGGUGGUCCCUCGCAUCAAGCCCAUUGCCAAAGCAUUUGAGAUAGGAUGGGAGAGUGAGAGGGAGAAAGCACUGCUUUUUCAAAGAGCCUUUUGGCUUUUCUAGAGGUGGACUUCUGUCCAUGGUCCUCAUUUGUGCCAAAUUCAGGCAUGGUUUCUGGUCUGUCCUGGGAGUCUGAGAAUGGCCACACAGCCUAGACUUUAGAAGGACCAGGUAAGAAACCUGCCUUCCUCCUGCACCUCUGUAUAACUGACACUCCUAAAAGGUGGGGUCUGGGUUCUGCUGCUGCUCAGUACUGGUCCUAUAUCCCAAUCCAUCUGUUGGAGAGAGAGCCUCUCUGGGGGAUGCCUUAGAAGCAGAAUUAACCUUUUGGUGUGAGCUAUCUGACUGGGGUCAUGGAUUAAAGCUGGAUGGAAAAUCAUCUGCUCCAGACCCCUCCUCUUAGCAGGGAGGAGACGAAGAUUGAAAGAGGGGACUAGCCCAAGGUCACUCAGCUAGUACGUUUCGGAGAUGGAUUUGAACCUAGGUCUUCUAGCACUUUCUACCAUGGCCUGCAGCCUCUCCAACAGACAGUGGAUGGGUACCAAAGGUACACCUUGUGGUGAUCCAAGACCCUCUGCCAGUCGUGGCUAUGAGCAGGAGUUCUUGUCAGUGAGAGGAUCACCAGAGCAUUCUAUAGAACUUUAUUGAAGGUAAUGCUAUAGCCACAGAGAGGCCAGCCUAUUGAAAACAGAUCUCGCUUAAUUCAUUGGAACUGUAAAUGGCACCGUUCUAGUAUAUGUGUAUCUCCUCCAUUCGGCCCCUAUGGGCACCAUGGUAAAUCCAGUCCUUUUCUAGAAAUAAGCAUAAGGACACCCAUGACUCCAUUAGAGGGAGCAGAGGGAGUGCAGGCCAUUCUAGAGCUUUUGCCAUGGGUGAAAGAUACCCACAGGUAACGGUCAAUUUUUUCUUUAUUCCUCACCACCCCCUCCCCCCACAGUAUUUGUCCAAAAGGAAAAAAGUCCUUCCCAUAACUAUCACGCUGGAGAAUUUAGCAGUUCUUUGGAUUAGGAUUAUGGAUUAGGUCACCUAAUCCAUAAAGUAGAGCAGAUUGAGGGCCAAAAGGGAUCUUAAUGUCCCUCUUGUCCAACCCCCUCAUCUCGCAGAUAGAGAUACUGAGGCCCAGAGAGGUGAUAGAACCUGCCCACGGUCACACGUUUACUAAUUCAGUGCCUACUGUGCUAGGCCCAGGUGAUGCAGAGGGAAGAAGGAAGCAGUACCUGCCCUCAAAGAGCUGACAGUCUAUCAGGAGAAACUCGUUCCAGUAUACACAGAAUAAAUACAGUAAGGACAGGCACCCCUGGGAUUCACAGCCAGGCCAUUUGCCUCUCCGGUCCAGCCCACUUUCCAUUCUGCCCUCGUGGCUAACAGAACAUACUUUGUUCUCUGUCCCACCCACGUGCGCCAUUAAAGGCCAGUUCUUCAGGAAGGUUCCAGAAGUAGUUUUCCUUUUUGACUCAUCCCAAACUGAACUUCCUCUAACUUCCCCAGCCAUUGACUCAUCACACCAGUCUAAGCUACUCCGUUCCCAAGACUGGUAUAAGCUCUGUCAGCUCAUCAGCUACUUUGCUUCCAACCUCACACUCCAGACUCAGCAUCCUGAAAGUUGCCUCUUCAGGCUCAGUGACAAAUGACUGUCUUACCAGCCGUGAAUAGGAGUUAGAACAUUAGGAUUUAAAACAAAACAAAACUUAAUAUUGACUUUUUUUUUUAUUUUUCCAUCACUCACAUUUCCUUUCCCCUCCCCCAAGAGGGCCAUCCUCUAUAACAGAGAAUAAAAGAAGAAGAAGGAAAAACAGCGGUGCGAACACAACCAGGCUGUCCGAAAAGCUUAACGAUAUGCAGCGUUCACAGCUUCCUGCUCGUGUCAAUUCUUGAGGGCCAAGCAUGGCCAUUUCAUUUUUCAGCAUUCGGUUUUGAUUCUAACAAUAGGAUUUCCACUGAGCACCUGAUCAUUUCAGCCCUAGUCCAAAGGCUUCUACUUUCUAACAAAUGCAGUGUAAGGAAUCAAGUUUCUUAAGAUGACUGAUAAUAUAGAAUAGAUUGAGAACUAAUGAAAUGAGCAAAACCAUCAAAAAAGAGCUUAGCUUUCAGCUAAGAACACCUUCCCAUCCCCGUCACUGAUUUUAUACAUAUAUGUGUAUUACAUAUAUACAUGCACAUAUAUAUGCAUGUAUAAUAUAAAUACCCAUACAUAUAUUCUUAAAUGGUUGCUUUUAGCAAAAAUGUUCUCUUUCUAUGUGGAUUUGCCGUUUUACGAUGGCAUUUUAUCCCUGACUUAUCCAGGAAAAGGAAGAUCUAAAUUUGCCUGUUUAGUUAUUACAUGUUCUUUACAAAGUGGAUAACCAUACCAAGUAGUUACCACUUAGAUAAAUAUAGGAUGUAACGGUAUCCUUAAUCCUUGAAAGGAUUUGGAUGUUUUCUCAACUGCAUGCUUGGUUUUUUUGUCUGUCUGGAGCGGGAAGCUUAGUUAUGAUUUCACGAGUUUAAGGAACUCACAGUAUAAGAACUCCCACCAUCAGUACACAUCAGCCUUUCUUUUGUCAUUUAUGGUUUUUGAGAGUUGCAUAGAGCAUUGAGAAGUUGGAUGACUUGCCCAAGAUGGCAGAGCCAGUCUGUGUCAGAGAUGGGAUUUGAACCCAGGUCUUUGAGACUCCAAGGUUUACCCUUGACCCCUGAGUCAGAUACCACCUCAUGAAAUCACUGCCUUAAAACCAUAGAAUAACUGUAAAUUUUUCCCAAUCCUAGAAAAGACAUUACUGUUUUCCAGAGAAAUUGCCGGGUUUUUAGUUUUGUUGGUGGUACUUUUGGCAAGCUCCUGAAUCCGUUGGGUAAUUUACUAGAUUUCUAGCGCUUUCCUUUGUGUGGUGAUGGCUAUGAAUGUGAUCCACUCUGGGAACCCUCUUUCCUUGAUUUUCCAGGUAUCAUUGAAUAAUUUGAACAUAAAUGAAAUGGGGAAGUCCUGGAACUGUGUAUUUAAAUGGAAAAUUCCUAUUUCUGAAUAUGUAAGAUGAUAUUAUAGGGCUGCAUCUCUUUAGAUAGUUAAUCCUCAUCCCUGCCCCCAAAAUCCCAACAACUCACCAUAUGUUCAGAAACCACAGCAUCCUAUGUGCAGUCAGCUUUCUAAAUCCAAGUCAAGGAUUUAAAGGAGAACGUGAAUCUGUCUCUUCACAAUCAACCUUAAGGGACUCUCAUGACUCAGUUAGAGCCUCAUUAAGAAAUUCCUCAUGGGAGGGAGCAGCAGUGUGGGAGCAUGGUUCAGGCUUGGUUUCCUGUGGCCAGAUUCUCUCCAGCACCUCCUUCUGACACGGACAUGUGGCCAUUCACUUGUCACUGGGACUCAUCACCUUUAAAAGCAGAUUCUCCUUAUGGUCGUAUGCUCACACUUCCCUUGAAUGUGAACGGCUCCUAGAUUUAGAAGCAUCCUUUUUCUAGAGCUUUGUCAUGAUGCCCACAGAAUCAUGCUACUGGAACAGCAUUAUGUGAAGGAGGGAGCAGCUCGGUCAUUUUAUUCCAAGAUGAGACCACAGAGUUGAAUUUAAGUAGUGAUAUACCCCUCAGCUUGCCAAGGAAAUAGUCACGGCAGACUUUAAAAGGUGUAGGAUAAAAAACAGGAGCUCAACCUGUUACCUCUUGGAUAGUCUGGGGAAACUUCGGACCCCUUCUCAGAAACAUGUUUUCAUCGAGUUUCCAGGAACAUAUAAGGGCAUGUUUAUGUGCCAAAACACCAGCAUCCAGAGAGAACAAUGGACAAAUUUAUGAAUUAACUCUUUGUUUACGUGUUGAUUACAAAAGGAAAUCAUUUGGGAGAGUCAGUUUCAUUUAGGAAAGCAAAUGCCCAAAAUGAAAAUUUGUCUCAUGUGAAACUAAAUAUCACUAGUGAAUUUAUGUGGAUUUUACAUGCCUUAUUUGAACAUGGUCAGAACAGUUAAGUUUACCAUUCCACUCACCUUUAAGGUGAGGUAUUCCCCCACUUUGGGCCCCCAAUCACGAUCAUGAUGACAUGUUUUUAAUAAUAAUGAAUGAUUUCUGUUGCAAUGUCACAUCCAGUUUCACGAAUGUCCAUUACCCAUGUGUGCAAAAUGUAUCCAGGUCAUGUGAAAUGGAUCCUGCCAUUAGAAGUGGGUUAAACAGGCAAAUUGACUCCUUUCUUAUAAAGAAGUUUUUCCAUGACUUGACCUCCUGGUGAUUUGGGGGCAAAAGCUGGACCAAAAAGAAGAUAUCACCAACAGAAAAGGCAGAAAGGAAAUGCUUUUAAUGGUCCACAUGAAUGUGGUGAAUAUUGUUGGCAUCAACGCAGAAUUAAGCAUAGCCUCUCACUACAUACAUGGAGGCACUGUCACAAAGAAGCGUAUCGGAGACUUACGUGGCCCUGGCCAUGCCCAUCCAUAGCCUGGGGGCUUCUAGAUGGCACAGCCCCCGAAGGCAGUGGGAUGGGGUGAGUAUGGCAGCAGAGCCUCCUUGGCUUCUCUCUCUGCAGCCGUUCUUCUGAGGGGCUUCCCUCUCUCCAGGGAAGAAUCCCUACUGGACAGCCAUCAUAGGAUCACAGAUUUAGGACAAGAAGGGGUCUCAGGGGCCUUCUCGUCCAACCUCUUCAUCUUACAAAUGAGGAAAAUAGACCCAGAGAGGUUGUGUCUUACCCAAGGUCACACAGCCAGUUAUUAGCAUAAGAGGGGAUUCCCAAAUGAGGCCAUAUUCCACAGAAGUACACUGCUUUCCCCUUCUCUCUUUUCUCCUUUGGGUCAACUUGUACCAUGAAAAAGAAUGCUUAGGUAGACCCAUCCCCUCCUCCGCUUACCAGACAUUUUCUGGUAAGAAGAGAUGGGAAGACUAUGAGGGAUGGAAACAGCUCUACGUGACUCAUUUUUCUUUGGUUCCCAGGUGGCUCCAAAACAUAGCAAGUGAGAUGAGAGGCCAGGAUGGUAUUUAUCACCAGUGUGUCCCUGGGUUUCUCAUGGAUCAGUAAUACAGGCACAAUAAGAAUGCCACUUCUAAUGACCAGCUCCUUCUCUGAUACUGGGUUUGUCCAGUUAUCCAGACUCAUUCUAGGCUUGGCAUUGAGCCUCACAUCCUGACCAAACAUAGGAGCCACUGCUUGUUUUAUUUUCUAUGGCAAAAUGAAAAUGGAAAUUCCAAACUUCGCCCCCAACCCGUCCCUGCAAAUGGUGGACUUGUGGCCUCGUUUUAAAGAAAAGAGGAAGGGGCUUUGGUGAAUUGGAUGAACUCCUUCACCUGUAGGAAUUAUGAUACAGGCUUUCCUUUGUUUUGAACAGCUAUGCUUGUAAGGAGAGGUUUGGACUUUUUAGUUUUAAGCUAGUCAUAUAGGGAGUUAAAAGAAAUACUGUCCAGUAGCUUUCGAGGAAAAUGUUUAAUGUGUGGUUAGGCAUGUUUGCCAAAUUCUCUACUUUUGUUUAUUUGGGUGAUGAAUCAUAGGAAUGUAGAUUUAAAGGUGAAAUGUACAGAUCUAGAGAGAGAAAGGGUCUUUCCCGUGGCCCAGAAGUAGUUAGUACCAGGGAUCAGGGUUCAUACCCAAGUCCUUCGGUUCCAGAUCUAAGGCCCUUUCCACUGCUUUCAAAACCUUUGCCUUGCUCCCUCUCAUUAAACUUCAUUACCAAGACACAUUUUAAAGAAAUAAACAAGAGUUGCUAUCUGUACGAGACUUCUAUUUUCUUUUCCUUCUUUUUUAAAUUGCAAGUAUGGUGUAGUAGGACUGAACUCCAGAGUUCUGGCUUUGACAUUGGCUGGGUGGUCUUGGGCAAGGCACUUCUGGGCCUCAGUUUCCUUUUCUGCAAAAUGUCAUGGUUGAAUUAUAUUAUCUUAAAAUUCUGUUAUAGUUUUGUGAUUGUAUAUUUUAGGCCCUUUUAUGGACUUCCCCUGUACAUAGGAUAAAUCGGUAUUAAAAUAUCCAUCGUUUAUUUCAAUUAUACAAAGUGAGAGAGUCAGAGAUGGGAUAUCAUCAGGAAGACCUGGGAGCAAGCCUUUCUCUGACAUGCAUGGUCAGAGUAACCCUGGGCACAUCACUCAACCUCUGAGUGCCCUCAGAAAACUCUCUAAGACUGUAAAUGGAAAAGCAAUUAUGGAUCUGCAUUGGUAGAGGAAACCUCCUCACUGCAAAUUCCUUAUACUGUUGAAAUCAUAGGACUGGAUCAAAAUAUUAAUAGAAAACAGAGGUGGAAACUAAUUGGUAGUAGGAAAAUUACCUGAAAUAUGCCAAAGUGAGUGACCUACCCUUAGCAUCUUGAGCUUCGUUAUGUUAGCCAAGGAAACCAAUGCUUUUCUUGACGAGGACAUUUUAGCUUCAGUGUGUGAAUGUCUGAGAAAGGAGUUUUAGCAUAGGGUCUAGUACACAGUAGGCACUUAAUAAAUGUUUGUUUAAUCAAACUGAAUUUUCUCAUCUUUAUGCACCAUAGAAUAGGGCCUAUCAUUGGUCAAGUAUGGAAAUCAUUGCAAAAAAUGCAUUUUCAAGCUGUCCAAGGAAUAUCACUUCCUUUAGGGCCAUGGAGUAAAGAAAGGUGAGGGCUACGGAGGGUUCCCACCCCUUUUAAGAAUGGUUGGCAAUUGCUACUUAAGUCCAGGAUAAUCAUUUGCCCUUCUCAAAUCUUCCUCUGCAAUCUUUGAUCUCUUUCCAGUUUUGCAUCCUAGGAAUGUAACUAAAUAAUGCCUGUCUUUCAUUUGGAAACCAUUCUAAUCUUCCUCCCAGGGCUCUUGUAUCAGAUCUACAAUCACUGAGCUUGCUUACCAGCUGCCUAGUAGACGCCAGUCAUGUAGCCAGCUCACCACCAAGGCUAUCUAAAGCAUUUUCAUGAAAGUAACAGAAAGGCUGCUAGCUUUGGAGUAAGGAGUGUUAGGUGUAACUCCCAGCAGUCACUUAGACCCUUAUCCUCAUUUAUAAAAUGAGGGGGUUGGAGUAGGCAACCUCCAAGGUCCCUUCCAUUCAGUAGACUGUAAGCUCCUUGAGGGCAUGGACUUAGCAGGUUCUUUUAUCUCCAUAUCCGCAUGCUAUUACAUGUCAUUUUAUGCCAAUGCUUGACAUGUAGCUGGCACUUAAUAAGUGCUUUGAAUUACCAGACAUAUAUUACCCAAUCCCUUUCCCAAUCGAUUCAUAGUGCCAGAAUCUGAAAUUGAAGAUAAUUUUCAUCAGGACCAGGAAUUCUUUAUCAUUAUAACCAAAUCAGAGUAAAUUCAAAGAAAAUCAAAUUUUUUUCUGGUUUGAUCUUUUCUAAGAGUAGAUGGAGCCCAAUUUUAGAAGAAAUUAGAACAGAAAUCAUACAUCCUUAGGCAGUGGAAGCAAUCUCAAAAUGUUCUAAUAUCUUCUAAGGGCCAAUUUUCUAAUAUUCAGUAGUUGAGAUUUCAGAAUCAAGAAGGAUCUUUAGCAUUUUCUGUUUAUAAGAAUGAGAACAGAUUAUUAUUAUUUUUUGGUCUCUGAACUUUAAAUACUUGAAUCAAUAGUUUGUCGUAGUUCUGCCUUUUCAGGGCCAUCAGCCUAUGUUCAGGGUAGGAAGUUGCACAACUCUGUGCCUGAGACUUUCAUAAGAAGGCUCUCUGACACGUUGGACAGUGCGUUGAAAGCCAAGUUGGCCAGGAGAACAACAAUAAAACUUUGGGGAUUACUUUUGUUACUCAUCAGAGGGUUUUAUAACAAUUAUUCUACAUUUGUCUCUAAGAGACAAUUUGAAAAAGCAAAACCAACAUGUCAGUACGCCAUCUUGUUCGCUGUAGCCCAUUGUAGAGUGGAUGGCAGUGCAUGGUCCCACCAUGGUAGGGAACUCUGGCCCUUCCUUUCCCAUGUGUAUUCCAAUUAGCUGUAGAGGUGUCCCCCCUAAUCCCUGUGUUUGUGCAAUUUCAGAUGCUGUAUUAUUGUAUCCAAAACAAUGGACUACUGAAAUUUCAGCCUCAAUGAUAUGACUCCAAUGAAAAUAAAUCCAUUAAAGUUACCUGACUUUACAUAUGGACUCCCCUGU